UCGAGCAAAUCAAAUAACCCUAAUUACAAACUUAGAUACUUUGUACAAAAUCAAAAAUUCAAUUAAUAUAAAUUGCCAAAGGACACAACUUUUACACAAUUAGCAAUUUUUCCAACUCCAACUUGUAACGUGGGCGCGGUUAAAUUUUCCCUUAUAUAUACUCUCCUCUUACCACUUUGUCUUCACUACUUCACUUCACAUCCAUUUUUCGUCACUCUAAAAAAAAAAUCAAAAAACAAAAUUUUGCCUAAAUUCCCAAAAUUCCUCACAAAUUUCUAAUUUGAACAACAAAAAUCAAUUAACCCUUUAAUUUUGUUGAUUAAUGGGAGAUAAUUGUGCUACAAAAUCAAUGGGGUUUCUCCAAUUUGAGCAAUUAAUCCCAGGUUUACCAGAUGAUUUAGCAAUGGAGUGUCUUUUGAGAGUACCCAUUACUUCUCAUCCUUCACUUAGAUUGGUUUCUCAUCUAUGGAAGUCUACUGUCUCUCAUCCUUCUUUCUUCUCCAAUCGCCGCCUCGCUCGCUUCGCCGAAAAUCAUGUGUUUCUUAUACAGCCACAGUCACCUCCGCCGCCGUUACUGGUGGCUGAAGAUAAAAGUUUACUCGAAGAAUCAGAAUCCGAUGAUGGUAUCAAAGAAGUUGUUAAUGGGAGUCCACUUCUUUACAAUCUGAAUGUUUUUAACACGAAUAAUGAAGAAUGGCGUUGUUUAGCAGGGGUUACAAUCCCUACAUUUUCGCAGUGUGUUGUUUUGCCGGCGGUGAGGAAGUUGGUGGUGCUAGGCGGGUGGGACCCGGCGACGCUGGAGCCGGUUUCGAGGGUGUUGGUUCUGGACCUCGCCGUCGGGACGUGGAGGGAGGGAUCCCCGAUGCCGACGGCAAGAUCGUUCUUCGCCUGUGCGGCGGCAGGGCCUUCCACGGUCUACGUCGCCGGAGGGCAUGACGGACAGAAGAAUGCCCUCCGAUCGGCGGAGGCCUACGACGCUGUGGCCGACAAGUGGAAGGCCCUGCCGCCAAUGGCGGAAGAACGAGACGAAAGCUACGGACUGUCCUUAACAAAAGAAGAAAAGUUCUGGGUUAUAAGCGGCUACGGGACUGAAUCUCAAGGGAGAUUCAGGCCCGAUGCCGAAGUAUUCGACCCAGAGUCGAAUACUUGGGAAAUUGUUUCCGGGGUAUGGCCGUACCCCGGAAACAAUCCCAAAUCCACCGCCGUUGUCACAGUAGAAGGACAACGGCGGUGGUGGUACGUCCUCGAGGGCGAAAUAAAAGAAUUCCAAUGGGAUGACAAGGUGUGGAAAGGGGUGAACCUAGGAUCGAUUCCGAAACGAGUAACGGAGUUAUGGUCAUCUUCAUCAUCGGUUUCCUUGAUUGAUGUUGGAAAUGGUAAGAUUUUCUUGAUGGGAAAUGGGGAGAAUUGUGGUGGGGAAGGUAUGUUCAUCUUGGAGAGAAAAAAUGUGGAUAAUAACACCAACAACAAUAAUAACAAUUGCAAUAAAGGUCAAGGUGGAGUUAAUUGGAGAUGGCAACAUGUUCAUGCUCCUCCAAGAUUUUUUGGGUUCCCCUUCUCCGCUUCUCACCUUCUUAUCUAGGCUUGCAUUGUUUCUUACGAGUAUAACUUGUUAGAGAAAUUGUCUUAGGUCCAGGAUUAUUAUUGCAAAUCAAGUUCCGCGAGAAAAAGUGUCUAUAGUCUAUACCAAUGUUUUAAUAAAUUAUGAGUAUAUGUUAUUAUGUUACUCCGUGUCUUAUACGGAUGUUCGAAGAUUGUAUAAAUCUAGAUGAUGAGCGAAUUACUAUUCUUAAUUUCUUUAUUAUUGUUAAUUAUUAUUAUUAUUAUUAA